AUGUAUAUGACAGGAGCUGAAAGAUUCAUCCUCAUUGGUUUUCUGCUACAAGGUGGGUUGCUGUGGGAAAGGCUGGGUCUGAUGCACUGCUUUCUUGCAUCUCCCAUUGCACUUUACCAUUUAUAUUUUAUUUAGCUGUAGCUAGGUUUCCAUCCAAUUGGCAACAGAUUUUCAUGUGAAUUUUCUAAAAUCCGCAUAAAGAAAAUAUCUAUUGAAAUGUGAUGGAAACACUAUGAACUAUUGAUUUUUAUUUGGGACAUAAUACUUAAGUGGAAAAGUACAUUUUGUGUGCACUAUGUCAUCAUGCACAGAUUUUUACCCGUUUGGUGGAAACACACCACUGGUGGGAAAAUGUGCAUAUUUUCUUUAUCGGAUUUUUGAAUAUUCGCAUGAAAAGCUGUCGCCAAUUGGAUGGAAACCUAGCUACUGCUGUCAUGAUUUUAUUUUAUACGGUAUGACUUUACUAGCAUAAAAACUGUGGAUGGAAACGUGGUUAGUGUUCUGAUCCUUCUUAAAAGCCCAGUGCAGUCAAAAUUUAGUUUUCCUGUGUUUUGUAUCAUAUUUAUACAACAGCUGAUGAAACUAACUGUAAAAAUGACCAUUCCAAACCUCUCUGCCAAUAACAGCUAGGUUUAAGGUGACAUAUCCCUCGUCUGCUCAGGUGGAUUGAUCCACACUGUGGUUAAUGCACCGUUUUUGUGCCCUUCCCUAACUAAAUUCUUGCCUGAUAUUAUUUUUUUUUUUUUACCAUUUUAAUGGAAACCUAUUACAGUAAGUUACUUUAUUGUUACCCAGAAAUAAUUUGAUAUUGAGAUAAAACGGCUGCACUGGGCCUUUAAAGGGAUAGUUCAAACAAUCAAUUUCUACUAGCAUUGCUACAUCCCCCCAAAAUGCUAGCCAGAUUAUUCUGCACAUCUGUAAAUAACUAGCCAACAAAUGUUUUAAUGGUUUGGAGGAAACAACAACACCCUAGUGAAGCUGAAAAUAACCAACAUUUCAAAAAGUUAAACCAUCCUUUAAAGUUAGUCAUUGAUUUAAAGAUGUAUGUGAUUCCUGCAUUCCUUCAUUACCAGCUAACACCCCAGUCUAAUAUUUUGUUGUAUGUGUUUCAGGUGUUCUGUGCCUAGACUUUGCAGCUCUGAUGCCUCCGCAUAUAGAGUCUCUGAGUGGAUCUUGUGUGGCCAUUCCCUGCUCAUUUACACUGGGAUCUGGAUAUGAGUCGUCCCUCACAGCUUCAUGUAAAGGAAUAUGGAGGAAAGGAUGGAGAGGAGUACACGUGUUUGAUUCUAGUCUCACAGGGUCAGGCUUAAAUACCAUUCAAGGGAAUCUAACUGGGAACUUGCAGCAGAAGGAAUGCACCACAAUCCUGAAUGACUUCACAUCUUAUUUCCAAUGACUACUUUUACUUCAGACUUGAAUGUGACGCUCUGAAAUUUAAUUUUCCAGGACGUGUCACGAUUGAUGUAAAAGGUAGAGUAUCAUUAGAAUAUGCUACUUCUGUGUUGUGUGUGCUGUGUUGUGUUCAUUUAAGUUGCAGGUUUGAACUGGCUGUAUUUAAUGCACUGAUCAUGUAAUAAACAUACUUUUUUUUACUCCCUCAGAAUAUCCAUCCAAACCCACUCUGAGCCCAGCAACAGUGUAUGUGAUGGAGGGGACCUCAGUGAGUUUGAUCUGCUCUGCUGCAGCCCCAUGUCCCUCACUCCCCCCAACUCUGACCUGGACCCCCACACUGAGUGACAGUGUGGAGGAUUUGCAGGAGACUCCGAAUCAAGUCAUAACUUCUCUCCUGAACUUCACCGCUUCACAUGUCCACCAUGGAGAGAAGAUCUUCUGCACUGCGUUGUACAAACGACAAGCUGGCAAGAGUGAUAAAUCAUCCAAAACGUAUCUGACAGUCACUGUUCUUUGUAAGUUGAUUCAUGCAUGGUAAGUUUGAUUCAUGCAUUGUAAGUUAAUUAUUUCUAUAGAAUUGGUCAACUUUGUGUGCACUCUCCCCCAGACUCUCCCAAGAACACCUCAGUGUCAGUCAGUCCCUCUGGUUCAGUGGUAGAGGGCAACUCUGUGACUCUGACCUGCAGCAGCAAUGCCUACCCAGCAGUGGGGCGCUACAACUGGUACAGAGUUGUUGGAGAACAGGUCACAACAGUGGGGGCUAGAAGAAUGCUAUCUGUCCAGGUACCAGCAGAUGACAGUUAUUUCUACUGUGAAGCCAGCAAUGACCAUGGAACCGAGAACUCAUCUGUCAUUCAACUAGAUGGGAUGUGUAUGUACAAAAUGAAACCAAAUAUGAACAAUAUUUUCAACUAUAGCUAGUAUCAUAACACACACUAAAUUGACUCUUGACAUACAAUAUCUAUUGUUUCUUUCCCCCAGACCCUCCCAAGAACACCUCAGUGUCAGUCAGUCCCUCUGGUUCAGUGGUAGAGGGCAGCUCUGUGACUCUGACCUGCAACAGCAAUGCCAAUCCAGCAGUGAAUAACUAUACCUGGUACAAAAUCAAUGGGACUGAGGCUGUCAUUUUAGGAUCUGGAGAGAGCUUUACCUUAGACAGUAAAGCAAGUGAUAGUGGGGAGUACUGCUGUGAAGCACUGCAUGCACUUGGUACGGAAAAAGCCACAGUUGUUCAGCUGGAUAUUCAGUGUAAGUUAUAUACAUGAUACUUUUGCAAUGGUAUGAUAAUAAUAAUAAAUAAUAUAAUAAUAACCCGUCGCUAGUACUUUUCAGACUGGGCUAGUGGAAAAUGUGCCCGACUAGCCUGUCAGCUAGUGACAUUUUGUAUUUUCAGGGAUGGAACUUAAGGAUUUUGGGUACUGGCCAGCCAGGAUAGUAGACUGCAAUUUUUACUAGCCUGGGUCCAAAAUAUGUGCCAUGCAAUAUUUGAAAAUACAAAAUGUCACUAGCUGACAGGCUAGUCGGGCACAUUUUCCACUAGCCCAGUCUGAAAAGUACUAGCGACGGGUUAGCAGGCUAGUUUAAUUUCCAUCCCUGGGUAUAAUACAGUAUAGCUCCUAGUGUAGGAACAGAAACAGAAACAUCAAGAUGCUGCCAACACUUUACCAUAAGGCUACAUUAAUUGGCAUCAAAUAAUGUAUUGCUAAAUUGUGUCAAUGCAUUUGUUAAACAUUUACUAAUGGUAAAGGAACAUGUCAUAUCUUAGCCAUCAUUUUGAAAUGGUACAUGUAGAACCUUUCACUAAUAUAGUUGAUGCUAAUCCAUAACCUUAUUGUAAAGUGUUACGAAGAUGCUGUGUUACCAAGAUGCCAUAAACAGUCUAUUUAUGACUGGUUGAAUAUAACUCUGUGUUGAGGCACACACAUCCAGCUGCUGUGACCAGCCACACCUGGUGUGUGGCCAACGUCUGAGUCAUGGGUUCACGCCAGUGCCCAGACUGUCUGGUCCAAUGACAGCGAACCAUUGUCCUGUUGCGUGACAACCAUGAAUCUUUACUGUGUGUGUGUGUGUCAAUGGCCCUCCAUCACUGAAGCCUGUUGUGCAGUUUGUAUGGCAGUGUGAAUAUGUUUAUGCAUGGCUGUUUGUUCUGUAUUGCCAUUGGCAUUUCCUAGUCAAGAUUUCUACAAAUCAACCCCCCUACCCCCCACCCCCCCAGGUACAGAUUAUGUUUUAUCUCAACUGAAGGGUUACCAAAGACAAACCCAGAAAGCAAAAUUAUUAUGGCCCAUAUCAGGCCCACAUUUACAAUCCGCCAGCGUGUUUAUGUGGCCUAGUUAACACUUGGAAUUAUGGUCCAAAAGUGGGCCAGGUUUGAUUGCCAUAACUAAGCCAGAUCAUUGCCAUUAAAAAGCCAGACCUAGCCUAUCAAGGUAGAUGCGGCCCACUUCUGGUGUAAUUCAAAGUGGUAACUGGGCCACAUCCACAUGCCGACCCAGGUCUGGCCCUUAUUGUGGAGAGGAUCUGGCUUAUGUAUGGCAAAUGAAUCUGGCCAACAGCUGGCUUUAUUGUAUAGAAUUACAGAUAUGUCGUAUGGGAAGUAUGGAUAGACUAACACCACUGUUGAGAAGUGCAUAAUGCUCAAUAAUGUUUUAUGAUAACACAGCACUGUUUUCUUCCAGAUCCCCCCAAGAACACCUCAGUGUCAGUCAGUCCCUCUAGCUCAGUAGCAGAGGGCAGCUCUGUGACUCUGACUUGCAGCAGCAAUGCCAAUCCAGCAGUGAAUAACUACACCUGGUACAGAGUUGAGGGAUGGGAGAAGGACAUUGUAGGGUCUGAAGAGGACCUCAACAUCUUCAAUGUGACCAGGCUUUCAAAUGAACAGUACUACUGUGAGGCUCAGAAUGUCCAUGGACUGCAGAACUCUGAAGCCAUCAGUAUCGAUGUAACAUGUAUGUACUGUAUAGUAUUUAUUCUACUGGUUAUGAAUCGCAAUCACUCAUUAAUGUGAAUGAACUAUUAAGAACAAUCGUGUCCUCCCUGUCUGUUCGAUUUAGUUGCUUCAGAGAUCCUGAACACCUCUCGCUGCAUCAGGAUUUCAGCUACAUCUCAGAUCAGAUGUUCCUGUGAUAGCCAUGGAAACCCUGCUCCCACACUGGUGUGGCAAUUGGCUGGAGAGUCUGUCAAUCACUCCACUAACACCAUCAUCAGGGAGGAGCCAAUGGGUAGAGCAGGCCUGAGGACCUCCCUCACCAUCCGCCAAUCACAGGAGGAGGAAAUACCGAGUCUGGUCUGCCUCAGCACCAACUCUGAUGGUUUUGACAGCUUCUCAUUUAACUUAACAUCAAUGAAAACAUAUGAAGGUACAGUUAGGAGACAUUUGUCCUGCUCUACACCAGAAUUAGUUCCUAACAGUUCCCCGGUCCCACUAACCAUUCAGGAGCUUGGGACUAUAAGGUUCUAUCUGUAUUUUUGUCAAAAUUGAGUUAUUGACAUAGCCUUGUUCUGUUCAAUGUUCUCUAUGUAUAUAGUAAAAAUACCCAUAUUCAUGUUGUUAAGUUCAAAAUAAUACAAGAUAGAAAUUGCUGACACCAUUCAAACCAAUGAGGGUUCGGAACUUUAAAGCCAAUUAUCUCAGAAUCAUCUUUUUGCAGGUAUAACCCUUACAGUCCUAAGCUCUCACAUUGCCAAAUAAGAAUAUUUUUAAGACAAAGAAUGAAUGGUGGCGCUUGUUUUGCACCUCAUCUGUUUGCUCUAUGUUGUGAUUGUGCAGGUUUCCACCCUCUCUCUCUGUUGAUUGGGGCUGCUGUGGGGGCAGGAGUGAUGAUGCUCCUAUGUAUCCCACUGCUUCUCAUCUGCAAGUAAGUGACUGACACAGGGGCCAGGGCAGGCAUGAUAAUGUAAAAGACCUUUGGAUAGAUUUUUGUCUGGAUUGGUCCGACUUUUGUCUGGACUGGUAUUUGACGUCAUUAUCUUAUCAUCUCUGUUGUUUUGCUCUAAGGCAUAGGAGAACCAGACAGUCACCAAACAAAACACAGAAGGACACAUCAGAAUUCAUAGUGACUGAUGAGGUAAGGAACUACACUAACAUUUCGACAUUGCCCAUGUGUAUGUGCUUACAGUCUAACAAUGUGGAAAGGCGUUGAUAUUCAUCUUUCACAGAAGUGUGUGCAUGAACACCCUAUUACAUACAGUGCCUUCGGAAAGUAUUCAGACCCCUUUACUUUUUCCACAUUUUGUCACGUUACAGCCUUAUUCUAAAAUUGAUUAAACAAUAAUAUUAAUCUGCAAUCUACACACAGUACCCCAUAAUGACAAAGUAGAAACAGAAAUACCUUAUUUCCAUAAGUAUUCAGACCCUUUGCUAUGAGACUCGAAAUUGAGCUCAGGUGCAUCCUGUUUCCAUUGAUCAUCCUUGAGAUGUUUCUACAACUUCAUUGGAGUCCACCUGUGGUAAAUUAUAUUGAUUGGACAUGAUUUGGAAAGGCACACACCUGUCUAUAUAAGGUCCCACAGUUGAUAGUGCAUGUCAACGCAAAAACCAAGCCAUGAGGUCGAAGCAACUGUCUGUAGAGCUCCGAGACAGGAUUGUGUCGAGGAACAGAUCUGGGGAAGGGUACCAAAAAAUGUCUGCAGCAUUGAAAGUCCCCAAGAACACAAUGGCUUCCAUCAUUCUUAAAUGGAAGAAGUUUGGAACCACCAAUACUCUUCCUAGAGCUGGCUGCCCAUCAUUCUUAAAUGGAAGAAGUUUGGAACCACCAAGACUCUUCCUAGAGCUGGCUGCCCGGCCAAACUGAGCAAUCGGGGGAGAAGGGCCUUGGUCAGGGAGGUGACCAAGAACCCGAUGGUCACUCUGACAGAGCUAUAGAGUUCCUCUGUGGAGAUGAGAGAACCUUCCAGAAGGACAACCAUCUCUGCAGCACAGAAGGACACCAAUCAGGCCUUUAUGGUAGAGUGGCCAGACGGAAGCCACUCCUCAGUAAAAGGCUUGGAGUUUGCCAAAAGGCUGAGUAAAGUACUGAGUAAAGGGUCUGAAUACCUAUAUAAAUGUGAUAUUUCAGUUUUCUUUUUUUCAUAAAUUUGCAAAACUGUGUCAAAAACCUGUUUUUGCUUUGUCAUUAAGGGGUAUUGUGUGUAGAUUGAUGAGGAUAUAAAAAAAAAAUCAAUUUUAGAAUAAGGCUGUAAUGUAACAACAUUUGGAAAAAGUGAAGGGAUCUGAAUGCUUUCCGAAUGCACUGUAUCCUAGAUGCCGCACACAUUUCAGCACUGGUAUUUUUGUUGCAGUGAAAGAUUGGAGGUAGCUUGGCUGGUUGAAAAAUUGUUUUUGAAUAUGCAAAAAUCUGCAGUGUGCAUGAAGAGGAACUCAAGUCAGUUUAGGCUAGAGUGGUACAUUACUGUAAUCGAGUCUUUUGCAACCAUAUUGUCUGGAUCUCAUGUUAAACAUCCAACUUACAACUAGCCCUUUCCUAUCCAGUGGUUGAUUUGCUCAUAUGAUUAUUUUGCAUUGUGUUUUGUGUGGAUACCAGGAAGUUACAGCUAAUAGGAGACACAUAAAAACAAUUCUGCCAGUAAACAUAUAAACCCCUUUAACAUGAUGCUUUCCCCUCAGACCCUCUCUCAGGAGGAGGACAAUGUCUAUGCCAAUAAAGCCAUGCUGGAGGAGGCCCUGGGGCCCAACAGGACAGUGGACAGGGAAAUUGACGACACAGACCUCCUCCACUACGGCAACUUGAACUUGUCCAAACUCCAGGCCAAGGUGGCCGAGCAGGGGGAGGGAGAGAUCAGGGGAGUCGCCUCCAAGACGGCAGAGUAUGCCAUGAUCCGCCUGCACUCCACAGGUAGUAACGAGGGAGGGGCUGGGAAGAAGGAGGCCAAUUCUGCUCUGGAGCAGGGGGAUCACGCUGAAGAGCAUGGAGCUAAAGUCUUAGAAGAAACCCAGGCAGGGCACAAGAGUGAUGGGGAAGAAGAAGUUGCAAAGUAUUCUGGGCAGCCAGAGCUACAGGGCGUGACUAGUUCUGCCUUCAGUGUCCAGGAGUCCCAACUGGGACAAUCUGAGCAGCACAACACAGUAGAAACUCCAGUGGACGAGGUGACACUGCUUUCUGAGCAGAAAGAUUCCUCUAAUGGUGAAGAGGAGGUAACGUAUGGGAACAUAUGUCGUGGUCAGGUUGUAUCUGAGGCAAAUUAG